AUGGACUUUGACAGUGCUUCAUCUGACCUUUCUAUCAUUUCAGAAGUUUCCGAACGUGCUGAGGUAAGUCAGAAUUCUUCACCAAUGGAUCUAUUUGUCUUUACUAGCUCCAUCUUCUCCAAGAGUGAGCAGGCUUUCUUAAGAUCCACUACAUUGGAGGCUUUUCAGGAUUUUUAAUAAUUUUUAAUAGAAUAAUUUAACUUUAUCUAUAAUUGUAAAUAAAAUUUAUCAGAAAUAGAUUAAAAUGAUUAUUAAAAUAAAUUUUUUUUUCUUGUAAUUCCUUGAAUGAUCCUCAAAAAAUCAUGAUUUUUAUAUUAUUGGAGAGUGAGUAAGCAUCCUUAUAAAGGGAAAGAAAGCUUGGUAAUGAUCAAUGAAGAAGAAAACGAAACAGAGAUUGUAAGUCCAUUCACUCCUUGUGAAGUAAAUACAUCAAGAAAAGAAUCCCCAAAGAAGUGAAGCUCUAUAAAGCAGCCUCUACUACUGGGAGGGAAUAAGAAGCGUGCCUCGUUCGUAAAAGAAACCAGGGUGACAAAAGUUGUGCAGAAUAACAGCUGCUCGUGCACGUGCUCGAUUAUUUAG